UUUCUAUAAGAAUAAGACGUGGUCUCCAUUGGAGGUUCGAUUGAAUACUGGAGAUAGCUAUUUACCUGCUAAAACUUAAUCGACAGUAUAGCUGUUAUGUGUUUAUAAUUCAUUAUAUCAUAAAUAAUCUGCAAUUGAAACGGAGUGAUGUGACUCGAGAACAUUUAGAGACUUCUUAUAGGUCACAUGAGUGGAAACGGGCUUAAUGUUAUCAGAUGUUGUUCGAGCCAGAAGCUAACUGCUAUUGAAGACCAUCCCAGGAGGACAGCUACAACAACAACAACAACAACAACAACAACAACGAAAAGAAGAAGCUAUAAACUAUCACGGUCGUUGUAUGUGUUCUUCAAAACUUGGCAACGCUGGUUGAAUGUUGACCACGGUUAAGAUAAUGUCCGACACGAAACAUAGACACAUGUGACCAAGCAGCUAAUGUCCAUAGCACAUGAUCCUGGCCAACUGGAGGCUUCAAUAAAUUCACGGGUUUCAGAAUAUCUACACUGAGUAGUAAAGGUCCUAUUUUCCAGAGGAAGAGACCACGUUUUGUUAAGAGCCAUGGCCAACAAGUCAUCCUUGCUGAAAGUCAUCCUGCUGGGAGACGGAGGAGUGGGGAAGAGCUCCCUCAUGAACCGCUACGUCACCAACAAGUUUGACACGCACCUCUUCCACACCAUCGGAGUGGAGUUCCUCAACAAGGACCUGGAGGUGGAUGGCCGUCUGGUCACCAUGCAGAUCUGGGACACGGCCGGACAGGAGCGUUUCCGCAGCCUCAGGACUCCCUUCUACCGCGGGUCUGACUGCUGUCUGCUCACAUUCAGCGUGGAUGACAACCAGAGUUUCCACAACCUGGCCAACUGGAAGAAGGAGUUCAUCUACUACGCCGAUGUCAAGGAGCCUGAGAAGUUCCCCUUCGUGGUGCUGGGGAACAAGGUGGAUGUGUCGGAACGGCAAGUUUCUGCUGAAGAUGCCCAACAGUGGUGUCGGGAAAAUGGCAAUCACCCUUACUAUGAGACCAGUGCCAAGGAUUCCACCAACGUAACCAUAGCCUUUGAGGAGGCAGUGCGGAGAGUGCUGGCUAUGGAGGAGAGGGCAGACCACCUCAUCCCCACGGACACAGUCAACCUCCACAGAAAGCCCCGCUCCAGCACUUCCUGCUGUUGACAACGUGUAGGUCUUGCCCAGUGCUUGAUUUGGACUGAAAGAGGUGCCAGUAUUAAUUUUGGGUGCCGGUACUGUUUAUAUUUAGGUGCAGGAGCUCCACAAUACUUUUAAACUAAUAUUCUAUAAGAGGAACAGGAGCCCAAGCAGUAGAACAUUUUGAGGUGCCGGUAUUCCUGCCCAAGUCAAGCACUGGGGCUACAACCUAUAAAGAACUGGAGCUAGGAGGACACACAGGCGUAUUUAUUAACACUCAUGCUCAAAGUACGGUAAGCAAGCACUGGCUAGUGUCCGUGGAUGAUAAUCCAAUGGGUUUGUUGGUCUUGGGACUCAUUGAAUGUAAAGCGGGUACUUGAAGAUGAGUAUUUUUGUCAGAUUCCAGCAAGAAAUGCAUUAUAAUUUAAAUCUGUGCAAUCUUUGAAUUAUAUAUAUUGUCUUAAAAUAUCACAUUAUAUUAUGCCAUCAAUGUGGUUGCCAGAAAUACAUUCACAAAGCAUCGCUUCCUGUUCAUAUUACACAGCCAGA